ACACCUCACCUCCAGUCAUCUCUCCACGGACAACAGACAAAACCAGGACGCCAUCACAAACAAAUCGCUUUCUUUCUACUUUUCUUCGCACGGAGAAUGCUGUUUGUGUGCGAAAAGAUUGUGUUUUUGUAGAGAUCUCUCGAUUGAUCGCAGUAAUGUGCAGCUCUAGUGUCUGGAUUAUCUGUGGAGAGGAUAAACCAGGAUGGUAACGUGUUGUGUGUAACCAGCUUCACCUUCACAAAAAAGCGACUACCACCUCCCAAAUAUUUAUAGUGAGUACUUGAAACGUAAAGAGUCAUGUCUAAUAUUAACAAUGCACUUUGCAUUGAGAGCGGACAGAACACCGACAUGUCACUCUUGCAAAAGGAUAAUCUUCAGGAUGGUGGAUUAAGCCAGCUGUUGGAUUACAAUGCAGAAAUGGAAAGGUACAGGUCUUUUGCGAACUUUUACAAAACCAACGGGGCAUUUCCGCAGACUGCCAAGAUUGCCCGCAUAACGACACCAAUUUUUCCCAGUGCUAGAAUUGGCAUGUCCCCUUGGAACUGUGAUAACGGCAUGCUCUGGGGAAGGAAAUCAGCAGCAAUAAACCAUAAUAGGACCAGCAUGCAUAGAAACGACUCCCAAAGGCCGGGGAAACCUGGCGUGCCGCCAGAGACUCUGCAAAUGGCAAAUAAUAAUUUCCUCUCUAGCUUAUCCCCUGAACACUGCAGACCUUUAGCAGGAGAAUGCAUGAACAAGCUGAAAUGUGGCGCUGCUGAAGCAGAGAUAAUGAAUCUCCCGGAACGUGUUGGAACUUUUUCCGCUAUUCCGGCUUUAGGGGGCAUCUCAUUACCUCCCGGGGUCAUCGUCAUGACAGCCCUUCACUCCCCCGCAGCCUCAGCAGCCGUUACAGACAGUGCGUUUCAAAUUGCCAAUCUGGCAGACUGCCCACAGAAUAAUUCCUCUGCAUCCAGCGGAAACCCAGCGAAAAAGAAAAGGAAAAGGUGUGGGGUCUGUGCGCCCUGCAGGAGGCUAAUCAACUGUGGAGUGUGCAGCAGUUGUCGGAACCGUAAGACGGGCCACCAGAUCUGCAAAUUUCGGAAAUGCGAGGAGCUGAAAAAGAAGCCAGGCUCAUCACUAGAGAGAACACCUGUUAACAACGGGGAAGCAUUUCGAUGGUUCUUUUAGUGCUCCAAACCUAGUCAUUUCAUGUAUAGUGAUGUCAUAGACUUACCACAAAAGGAACUUGCAGUGCUUCAAAGACCCAAAACCACAACCUGGCUGCAGAUGACAGAGCAUCAGAGAUGAUGACAAACUCUGUAAUUUCAUUUCCUGUGUAAUUACUAUUGUACCGUUUGGCAGUAUCAAAAUGUAUAUUUUUCACUGUCUAUCAAUGUAUUUCAGUGUUAAGGCUGAGUAAGUUGCAGCCAUUGUUAUGUAAAGGACUGUGUAGACAAUCAUUACAAACAGGAGAAAAUAAUGUCAACAGUGGCCAAUGGGAUCAUAUACUGUAUAUAUUUUCUUUCUUUUUUUUUAGUUUUUUUUUUUUUGCAACACAACACAGUUUUUAGAUCUGGAGCAAUAAUAGUGAAGGUAAUUGGUCUCUGCCAUCAUAUUCCAGCUUUGUAUGGAAUGAUCUUCAGAAUACCUCUUUUCACUUAAACUGACAAGUUCAAGAGGACACAUUGUGUCCUCUGUGAUUAAUGUGAUGUUUUGUAAUUGAUUUCCUGUGUCAAGUCUCUCAAAGUUCAAUUGCAUUCUUUUUAGUGUUGGUUGAACCCAUUUAAAAAGCUGUCGAAAGGUAGGAAGACAACCAGAAAUUAAAAUUUGUGAACAUAGCAGUAAGAUUUGUGAACAUCCUUUUUUAAUUCUCACAAUGCAGUAAACUACACAUUCCAAAAAGAAUUAUCCAAUAAAUUUCUCAU